AUGAAUCAUCACAUAUCAAAUGAUAUGGAUAUGGACAUGAAUAAGGGACCAUUCAUGUGGAUGUGGUUCCAUACAAAACCUCAGGAUACUGUAUUAUUUUCCACGUGGAAUAUCACCAGUGCUGGAACAAUGGUCUGGGCGUGUAUACUGGUAGCGAUUGCUGGGGUAGUUCUGGAAUUGAUCAAAUUUACAAGAAGAUUGAUUCAAAAGAGGCAACCGGCGAGUAAAAAGGCGAGCUAUCUCUCCCGCCUGUUCUCUACAAUGCACUUUGUCCAAACGUUCCUAUUUUUCGUUCAACUUGGCUUCAGCUACUGUCUUAUGCUCAUUUUCAUGACAUUCUCCAUUUGGUUGGGAUUGGCGGUCGUUUUUGGAUUGGCUAUUGGAUUUUUGAUUUUUGGCGGGAAAAGUGAAUAG